AUGGGGUCGACUGCUUUUGGAGACUUUUACAUCCUAUCACCGGAUAAUGGCCAAGAUGGUCCUUGGGGAGGAUGCAAGCUAAAGGGCAUCUCCCUCAGCAAUGGUCGACAUCUCGGAAACCUGGGCUCCAUACUCUUGUGUGCCGUAGCCAUCACCGUCUCCGUCAUACUGCUGCUCCGUUCCGAGAAGAAGAAGGCGGCGGUCGGUCGUCGGGAGAUGCAGUUGUUCCUCAUCGGCUACAUGCUCGUCAGCCUGUGCGAGAUCUUCUCGGUCGGCGAGUUCCCUCUGGACCGCGACGUGCGCAACGCCUUCACGGCCAUCCACAUCGGCGCCGUGACGGCCACGACCUGGGUGCUCAUGGUCAACGCCGUGGUGGGCUACCAGCUCAUCGACGACGGCACCCCGCUGUCCGUCGGGCUGGUCCUCGGCUCGGCCGCGGCCCUCUUCGUCGGCACCGGCUACAUCGCCCUCGACACCGGUUUCGACUUCACCGGCUACUGGGCCUCGAGCUACGACGGCCCGCCCAACCGCCACGUCGCCCUCUACGUGCUGUACCAGCUCAUGCCGCUCGUCUUCCUCGUCGCCUACUACGCCCUCGAGUCCGUCCUCGUCAUCCGCGUCCUCGGCGAGACCCGCCCGAUGAUCUACCUCACUGCCGCCGCCGUCCUCUUCGCCGUCGGCCAGGUCUUCAACUACGCCGUCUCCCGGUACAUUUGCGACGGCACCUCGGGCAAGAUCGACGGCGCCCUCUUCGAGACCCUCUUCACCCUGCUGUCCGUCGAUAUGUGGAACCAUGCAGAGGAGAUACUCAGCUUCUCAUCUAUCUGA